AUGCAGCAACGGGCGUUGCUGCUUGCAGGCGAUUUUGCGGAGGCAGUGCGUGACCAGUUUGUGACGGAGAGACAAGAGUAUUUCACUGAUCUGGAAGAGAGGCUGCUCGACGAGACCAAGCAGCAGCCAGACUGCACGCGCGAGCAGCUCACUGCCGCGCUCAUGAUGAUGAACCCCAUGCUCCAAGAGUCCCAGGCAUUGGAGCAAAAUAGCGUGAAGCUGACCAUGCAGCGGCUGAAGCGGCUGGCAGUGCAGAGCACCCGCCCCAAAGUGAACAUUGGCGUGCUGGCCAAAAUGAAGAUGCUGGGCUCCAGCAUGAAGAAGAAGGUGCGUUUCUGCUGCUCCCUGUGA